AUGACGGGGGAUUAUACACCGCCAUACAGGAAGAUACCGAGUCCAGUACCCAGUACGCGUCGGGCAGAGUCCAGUACGCGUCGGGCAGAGUCCAGUACGCGUCGGGCAGAGUCCAGUACGCGUCGGGCAGAGUCCAGUACGCGUCGGGCAGAGUCCAGUACGCGUCGGGCAGAGUCCAGUACGCGUCGGGCAGAGUCCAGUACGCGUCGGGCAGAGUCCAGUACGCGUCGGGCAGAGUCCAGUACGCGUCGGGCGGAGUCCAGUACGCGUCGGGCAGAGUCCAGUACGCGUCGGGCAGAGUCCAGUACGUGUCGGGCAGAGUCCAGUACGCGUCGGGCAGAGUCCAGUACGUGUCGGGCAGAGUCAUUCCUUGACAGUGUCAUAUAG